GAUUUGCAAGCUGGCGGCAGAACGCCUGCCUUGCUUGUCGUUCGCAAGCUUCUGAUUGAUAGUAUCCGAUCAGCUUGACGUACCUCAACCGCUUGUAACUCAUACGAUGGCGUUCUCAUUACCCCAAUUCAAUCCGAUACGGAUACGAUCAUAUGUUCUACGUCUGCCGCUUGCAACGCGCCUUCUGCUACUCGUCAUUGUCCUCUUCUACCUAGCCAGCUGGCUGUUCUCGUGGCUUCAAGAAUGGGGCGCGUUGAUUCCUAGUAAAGUCGGGUUGGCUACGUUAUACCGCUUGAACACCUAUGUCUUCUUACAUGUGGGAUUCUUCCACGCCUUCUUCAAUCUCCUCGCGUUGACUCCACUGCUCGAACGGUUCGAAUCGGAAAAUGGAACAAUCGUAACGAUUGUCUUAUUCACUGGCCCAUUUGGGUUACUCCCUGGCGCUAUCUACAUAUUACUCGAGCGCGGCAUACUACGCGGAGAUGUCGGAGUACAGGGCUCAAGUAUACUGGUCUUCCUCCUCCUGGCUUCCGAAGCCGUAAAGACCUACCGCGCGAAUCCGCACCUCAGCAUAGGAACAUACAGAAUCCCAACGUGGACAACGCCACUGUUCAUAGUCCUCGCUGUCAGCUUUAUCAUGCCUAACGUCAGCCUAUUAGGCCAUCUAUCUGGCGCAGCCAUAGGCUAUGCUUGGGGUUUCGGUUAUCUCCGGUUCCUUGCACCACCGGAGAAGAUAUUGCGCUGGAUAGAAGGGAAGCUCAACUUGCUCGGCCGUCUGCCGCACUAUGUGUCAGUCGACCAAAAAACGUAUGGACGAUAUGGCGUGCUUCCUUCGUCUACAGAGAAUCCUCGCGGAGCAAUACGACUGAGUAGUCCGGCACAGAGACUUGGUCCGUGAGAGCGCAGUGAGAUUCAUUUUUGAUUGCGAUUCAAGCAUUGGGUGGCAACGCUGGCGUUUGGGAUAUAAAGCAGUUUAUCAAAAGCGGCAUCGCUGUAUGAUUGAUGCCCCGUCCGCACGUGUUGGUUGUAUCAUAGACUAUUCAGUUGCGAGCUCUAGGUUUGCAGCAAGCUGGUAAUUUCAACAGACUGUCAAUUGCGGUCCCUUGUCAUUUUGAUCGAUUGCUUCAUUUGGCCAUCUACGUUGGAAUCUUACCCUUGUAAACCGACCAACUUUUGUAUCUAUGAUUCAAUUUUCCUGUCGUAUCCCAUGCAAACACUUCCAUGCAGACUCUCCGGUCCUAUUUUGCCGACGAGAUGUUC